GCGGCCCGCGCCCGCGUUUCUCUGCCUGCACAGACACCCGCGUGGGCAAUGGCUGCUGCCUCCCUCGUGUCCACGCUGGCCACCCGGCUGCUUCGGCCCGCCCAGAACUGCCGCCUCCGCCAUCGUCCCUUCCACCUCUCGGCUGUUCGAAAUGAAGCUGUUAUUAUUUCUGGAAAGAAACUUGCCCAGCAGAUCAAGCAGGAAGUGCGGCAGGAAGUGGAUGAGUGGGUGGCAUCGGGCAACAAACGGCCGCAUCUGAGCGUGGUUCUGGUUGGUGAGAAUCCUGCAAGUCAUUCCUAUGUCCUCAACAAAACCAGGGCUGCUGCAGAUGUGGGAAUCAACAGUGAGACAAUUGUGAAACCAGCUUCAGUUUCAGAGGAAGAAGUGUUGAACUUAAUCCAUAAACUGAAUAAUGAUGAUAAUGUAGACGGCCUCCUUGUUCAGCUGCCUCUUCCAGAGCACAUCGAUGAGAGAAAGAUCUGCAAUGCUGUUUCUCCAGACAAGGAUGUUGAUGGCUUUCAUGUAAUUAACGUAGGGCGAAUGUGUUUGGACCAGUAUUCCAUGUUACCGGCUACUCCAUGGGGUGUGUGGGAGAUAAUUAAGCGAACCGGCAUUCCAACCCUAGGGAAGAAUGUGGUUGUAGCUGGAAGGUCAAAAAAUGUUGGAAUGCCUAUUGCAAUGCUACUACACACUGAUGGGGCACACGAACGUCCUGGAGGUGAUGCCACCGUUACAAUAUCUCAUCGAUACACUCCCAAAGAGCAGCUGAAGAAACAUACAAUUCUUGCAGAUAUUGUGGUCUCUGCUGCAGGAAUUCCAAAUCUGAUCACAGCAGAUAUGAUCAAGGAAGGCGCAGCCGUUAUUGAUGUGGGAAUAAAUAGAAUUCAAGAUCCCGUCACUGCUAAACCCAAGUUGGUUGGAGAUGUGGAUUUUGAAGGAGUCAGAAAGAAAGCCGGUUACAUCACUCCAGUCCCUGGGGGUGUUGGUCCCAUGACCGUGGCAAUGCUAAUGAAGAAUACCAUUAUUGCUGCAAAAAAGGUGCUGAGACUUGAAGAAAGGGAUGUACUGAAGCCUAAGGAGCUUGGAGUGGCAACUAAUUAACUGUUGUGUCUCCCCCGUCAUGAACAGUACUCUACGCCAGUGCAAGAGGCAAAACAGGCCAAUAGCAAUGCAGUAUUUUUUAUUUAUUCUACUGAAAUGAUUUUAAAUGAUGCUUUGUAUUUAUUGAAAGCUUACAUGGGUGGGUGUUUGGGCUCGUAGCUGCAGCACCCCCAGGGAGCAUGCCAGUAAUCGUGCUGGGUCCUGUGACCCAGCCUUAAGAGAAGCCGUCAACCUAAUGAUUCGCAUGGAGGUCGUUGUUACACUGAGAAUGGCUGCUUAACUUUGUCAGAUCAUCAGUUACAAUUUGCCUUUUCUAGGAUCGCAUUUCCCAAGUGCUAUUCCAAUAAGAGUUGAUACUCACGUUAGGUUCUAAACCUUUCGAGUUCAACUGGUCAAACCAAAGGAAAACUGUUGCUAGAGAAAAUUAGGGAAAAGGUAAAAAGGAAGAAACGAUGGUAAUUGAGUAAAAAUAUUUACUCUAAUUUUGUAUGUACUGACUGAUAACCAGAAGAAAAGUUACAUGUUAAUAGUAUCCUGAGCUGUCAUUUUAUAGCUUAGUCAGUCACUGGAAAGAUGUCUAGGGUUGUUCCAUAUGCGAUUAGCCCGUUUUGUGUGUUACCAUUCAUGAGGUCUCCAUAUUUUAGUUUUCUAGGCUUGAAAGGCUUAUUUUAUAAAUAACUUGAGUGUAUUAUUAUAUUUGUUUUUUCCUAUAUCUUUAAACUUCAUUGUUAAAUUUUUGUACUGUUGGGGGCAUCUGUGGUUUCUUUGGUAAAUCUUGAAACCUAUUUUUGAAAAAUAAAACUUGGGCUUGAUAAUCAUUAGGGCAGCUUGUAUAAGUAUGCAACUUACUUUUCCACCAAAGACUUGUCAGUAGCUGCCUGCUUUUCUCUGAAGCGCCUGUUGGUUUCCCCCGAUAGGUUUUUAAGAGCUUGAGUAAUGAAUUUUGUUUGUUUAUUUGUUCAUUUGUUUGUUUAAUAAAACAAUUCUGAAUGGUA